AUGAGGAUCCCCUGCAAAGGUACUGUUAAAUUCCCCGAGGAGAAGGUCAACUACGAGGUGGCUACGAUGCGCUACGUCGCAGCAAAGACCACAAUUCCCGUGCUUGAGAUUUACCAUUACGGGACCGCUACGGAGAACCCUACUGGCCUCGACAACAACAUCAAUGAGCAAACGCUCAUGUUCCUCUAUAGGCAGAUGGCCAACAUCAUACUGCGGCUUUCUACCCUGUCGUUCCCUCGAAUCGGAUCAUUGGUCCAGGACAAACGGGGACUUAUAUCUGUUUCCGGCCGGCCUCUCAUUCAGAAUAUGAGCUCCCUCGUCGAGUUCGCAGGUGUUCCCCCGACGUUACUACCCUCGCAGCAGUACCUUACAUCCACGCAGUGGUACUCUGCCAUGGCCGACAUGCAUCUUUCACAAGUAACGUUCCAGCGCAACGACGCUAUUGAAGACGAGGAUGAUGCGCGCGACAAAUUUGUGGCUCGUCAAUUGUUUCGGCGUCUGGCAUCGCGUGGGCGACUUGCGACGGGAUUUGAGCCCGAAAACGGUGGGGACAAUGAAACGACGUUUCGGCUAUACUCUGAAGACUUACGCCCGUCAAAUGUUUUGAUUGACAAGGACCUUCGCGUGGUGGGUGUCAUAGACUGGGAAUUUACCUACGUCGCCCCUGCAGAGUUUUCGUUUGAUCCGCCAUGGUGGCUCCUUUUGAAGAGUCCGGAGUAUUGGCCCGGUGGAUAUGUCCCGUGGAUGGAAGCGUACGAGCCUCGCCUGAACACCUUCCUGGGCGUUCUGGAACAGGAAGAGGACAAGAUGCGGAAUGCCAAAGGCAUCUUGCCAGACCAAUGGAGCAUUCAACAAUGGCUGGGUUGA